AUGGUCAGGGAUUCCGAAGGAAAAACUGUUUUGGACUUUGUAUCCACCAUAGAUUCGGUGGAUAAGGUGGAGAACCUUAGAUCAAAGUAUGACUUCCCCCCAGCUCUAGAAGCGAGGGCUCCUUUAGGAAAUGAGAGGGCUAAUUCUCCUCCAAGGGGGAGAAUUACCAUGACUCCUCUCACUCGUUUUACCCCAAAUUUAAUUACUUUUGUACUGGGGUUUGCGAGAGUGUGCCAGUAUGUGAAAGUAAUACCUCAAUUGAUAUUGUGGAGGUAUUUCUUCCAAGUAGUUGUGGCUUCGACUUCUUUCCAAGAGUGGUAUAUCGUGAAACAACGCCUUAGAACUGGCGUGAAGAAGAUGGUCGACGCGUAUGACGAUUCUCCGGAAUGGAAACCGGACUUUGUGUUUGUAAAGGCGCCUGCGAGUUAUUGUUUGCCAUGGAAUCUCCGAGAGACAGAGUGUCUCAGGGCCAUACACGAUGAAUGGACCCAAGUGGAUGAAGAAUGCAUCGAGGAGUUCCAGGCCGAUGUGGAGAAAAUCUUGAAAUAUUCGAAGGUCGUUAAAUGGAACGACGUACAAUAUUGUGUGCCCCCUGUAUAUGGGAAGGAAAGAGACACGGUCAACAUCGAGGGAGCAACCAGAAUUCCCCUCGAACUCUCUGUUGAAGAAGAUCAAGAUGAGGAUGUCCCUGUUACUGCUGCCCCCCAGAAGAAAAAGAAGAAAAGGAUCGUGAAAGUGGGCGAUAGGGCAAAAUCCAAGAGGUCCAAGACGGACGCGCCCUCCAAGAAAACCACACAGCCGGACAUCGAGACGGUGCCCCUUGCCACCGAGUCUGUUCAGAAACCUGUGCCGGAAGUAGGGCCAAGCAUAGUUCCACCUGCGGCCGAGAAAGGCAAGGGCCCUCUCGAGGGUAAAGCGAUAAUCUUGCCCCCUCAGCUGUUUGAGGGUGGUUCGUCCAUGGCGGUCCAUACGUUUAGCAACCCACAGUCGAUCGAAUGUCCUGUUCUCGAGGAGUUCGCUGCUCAGCUGAACGAGGCUGACAGUUUGAGACUGGCAGAGAGGGAUGAGGCGUUGUUCGAGGUGGUUACUCUCGAGGAGAAAGCACGCCAGGUACAAGUUAAGGAGGCCGAGAUCGUCGAGGUGCAGGCUAAAUACGAUGAGCUCGAGGAGAAGAUGAGGUCGUUCGCCAGCCUGCACAUCUCCAAGGAGGAACUACAUCAGUGGUGCACUGCCUUUAUGAGCAAAAUGAUGUGUACAGGAGGGAUGGCGGUAGCCCUCGAGGAGAUGAACUUGGUUGCCACCAAGUGUGGUGCGCACCGAGUCGGCGUGGCAGGGUUGAAGAGGCUCGACCAGGAUAGGCCAAUCAAGGCCAAAUGGUUCAAGCAGCUCCUGAUGAAGGACCCAAAGAAAACCAUGCACGAAGCCAUGGUAAAGGUCUUGACAAGGUUGAGCCUCGAGCAGCUUCCUCUUUGGGGAGCUUUGACUGGCGCCAUGGCGAAAAUGAGUUCUCCCUCGGAGAUUGCCUCAUUUCCAGGCGACGUUCCUGCUGUCCUGGCCAGAGGUCCAAGUGAGGAGGAUCCCAUACCCGAGGUACCCGACGAAUACAUGGGUAUCGAGCUUGAGGAUGCCGAUAAGGAAACCGAGGAGGACGUUACUGAUACCGGCAUUCCGGAGUUCAGAGAACCAUUGAGGAUGCCUCCCAGGCCCCUUCCAAGGAUCCUUCCAAUGACCCCUCCCAGGCAGUGA